UCCGCCCUGCCUCGCCGGGGAGCAGGCUGCGACCCCGCCAGACGAUGCGCGUCCCCGGCCGCCCCGGAGGCUGACCCCCACCCCCCCGGCGCUGCGCUCCGCCCGAGCCCUCACGCCGCCGCCCCCACCCCACCCCACGCCCCCCAUGGCCUUGCCGAUCGCCGGGGGCGCGGCGGACCGGCCUGUGUCCCCGUCCCGGCGCGCUUCGGCCGGUUCCGCGUCGUCGUCGUCCUCCUCGUCCGGGGCCUCGGCCUCGGCCGGCGCGGGGCUCUGGGCCGCGCUCUACGACUACGAGGCGCGCGGCGAGGACGAGCUGAGCCUGCGGCGCGGCCAGCUGGUGGAGGUGCUGUCCCAGGACGCCGCGGUGUCCGGCGACGAGGGCUGGUGGGCCGGCCAGGUGCAGCGGCGCCUGGGCAUCUUCCCCGCCAACUACGUGGCGCCGUGCCGCCCGGCCGCGGGCCCCGCGCCGCCGCCCCCCGCCGGGCCGCCGCCGCCCCCGCGGCCCGGCUCGCCCGUGCACGUCGACUUCGAGCGGCUGGAGCUCAAGGAGCUCAUCGGCGCGGGCGGCUUCGGGCAGGUGUACCGCGCCACCUGGCAGGGCCAGGAGGUGGCCGUGAAGGCGGCGCGCCGCGACCCGGAGCAGGACGCGGCGGCGGCGGCCGAGAGCGUGCGGCGGGAAGCCCGGCUCUUCGCCAUGCUGCGGCACCCCAACAUCAUCGAGCUGCGCGGCGUGUGCUUGCGGCAGCCGCACCUCUGCCUGGUGCUCGAGUUCGCCCGCGGCGGCGCGCUCAACCGCGCGCUGGCCGCCGCCAACGCCGCCCCCGACCCGCGCGCGCCCGGCCCGCGCGGGGCGCGCCGCAUCCCCCCGCACGUGCUGGUGAACUGGGCGGUGCAGAUCGCGCGGGGCAUGCUCUACCUGCACGAGGAAGCCUUCGUGUCCAUCCUGCACCGGGACCUCAAGUCCAGCAACAUUUUGCUCCUUGAGAAGAUAGAGCACGACGACGUCUGCAACAAGACAUUGAAGAUCACAGAUUUUGGGUUAGCGCGAGAGUGGCACAGGACCACCAAAAUGAGUGCAGCGGGCACCUAUGCUUGGAUGGCCCCAGAAGUGAUCAAGUCUUCCUUGUUUUCUAAGGGAAGUGACAUCUGGAGCUAUGGAGUGCUGCUUUGGGAACUGCUGACUGGGGAAGUCCCCUACCGAGGCAUCGAUGGUCUAGCUGUGGCUUACGGGGUGGCAGUCAAUAAGCUCACUUUGCCCAUCCCAUCCACCUGCCCUGAGCCUUUCGCCAAGCUCAUGAAAGAAUGCUGGCAGCAGGACCCUCAUAUUCGUCCAUCAUUUGCCUUGAUUCUUGAACAGCUAACGGCUAUAGAAGGGGCAGUUAUGACCGAACUGCCUCAAGAAUCUUUUCAUUCCAUGCAAGAUGACUGGAAAUUAGAAAUUCAACAAAUGUUUGAUGAGCUGAGAACAAAGGAAAAGGAGCUGCGAUCCCGGGAAGAGGAACUGAGCCGAGCAGCCCUUCAGCAGAAGUCCCAGGAAGAAUUGCUAAAGCGGCGCGAGCAGCAGCUUGCGGAACGUGAGAUCGACGUGCUGGAGCGGGAGCUUAACAUUAUGAUAUUCCAGUUGAACCAGGAGAAGCCUAACGUAAAGAAGAGGAAGGGGAAAUUUAAGAGAAGUCGUCUAAAGCUCAAAGAUGGACAUAGGAUUAGUUUGCCUUCAGAUUUCCAGCAUAAAAUCACGGUGCAGGCCUCUCCCAACUUGGACAAAAGGAGGAGUUUGAACAGCAGCAGCUCCAGCCCACCCAGUAGCCCUACAGUAAUCCCCCGACUCCGGGCCAUACAAUUGACCUCAGAUGAGAGCAAUAAAACUUGGGGAAGGAACAUGGUCUGUCGACAAGAAGAAUUUGAAGAUUUAAAAAGGAAUUUUAAGAAAAAAGGUUGUACGUGGGGACCAAAUUCAAUUCAAAUGAAAGAAAGAACUGAUUGCAGAGAAAGAAUAAGACCUCUCUCAGAUGGAAACAGUCCUUGGUCAACUCUCAUAAUAAAGAAUCAGAAGACCACGCCACUGGCUUCAUUAUUUGUGGAACAAUCAGGAACCUGCGAAGAGCCAAAUCAUUCUCCUGAGGGAUCAGAACACAGAAAGCCAAAGCAAAUCAAAUUACCUAAUCAAGCCUACAUUGAUCUACCUCUUUGGAAAGAUGGCCAGAGAGAAAAUCUUGGGGAACCUGAAAGGUGGGAGGAAGGCACUCCUGGGAGCCCUGUAGCUUGCACGCAGGUGAACCCGACAAAUAAUCUGAGCCGGUUCCCCCAGAGAAAGAAAACGGAGUCGGCUUUGUACGGCUGUACCAUGCUUCUCGCAUCAGUGGCUCUGGGACAGGACAUCAGAGAGCUGAAUAAAGCACAGACAGCUGAAGAGCAGUGGCCCAAGGAAGAGAGGAAGAAACGCGAGGGAAUCUUCCAGCGGGCCCCCAAGUCUCGCGGCAACGCCAGUGCUCCCAGGAGGCUGCCCCCUACCGGAGAGGGGGCCAACUGCUCCCCCUGGGUCUCUCUGCCUAGCACAGGGAGUCUCCUGUCAAUGCCUUCUCUGUCCACAAAGUGCUUGCUGCAGACGGAUGGAGAAGAUUCCUUCGAGGGCAGCACACAUACUGCUUGUGACCCCGACAUGCCCACUGCAGAUUUUUGCCCUCCCAUCAGAGGCAGUAGUCAUGAGCCAGCCUGCGUGCCAGAACCUGAGACUGAUCUUACCAGGUGGAAAAACCUAUGUCCUCCCUUCACAGAGCAGACAUGUGGGAAUGUGCCUUAUGUUUCUCCCGAGGAAAGAGCAACAUGUCACAGAAGGACCAGGUCCGAUGGAAAUGCCAGCCAGGCCCCAAGUGGUGCAACUAUUAUCACAACUCACCGAGUUUCAAAACUACAUCCAGACCUAGGUUUUGGGACUCCCCCGUCCUCCUCUAGCCCUCACAGUCACCUGCCCAGUGAGGUCCUUCCUGGAAAACAAAGAACUGUCAAUAGCAAGCCUCUGCCUGGCUCCCGCUCCUUGAGGAGCCCUACAGAUUCCCAGCUGCUGCCUUUACAGGCUCACCAGGCAGUGGGUGGCACAGGACCAUGCCCUCACUGCUCCCUCAAUGCCAAGGACAGAACUACACCCCACCUGCCCUCCUUACUGGACGCUGAUGUGGAAGGGCAGAGCCUGGACAGCACAGUGCCUCUGUGCAGGAUGAAGAACAGGACUAGCCGUCCGUCUAUAUAUGACCUCGAGAAAGAAUUUCUGUCUUAAGUGCCUUUGAUUGGUCAAGAAUUUCGUUGUUUGUUGUUGUUGGUUUUUUUUUAAGGUGAAAAAAUUAGGGCAGUGUUUUUCCCAUUGAAUUGUUUCGUGCUGCUGUGUUUUCAGAAACUGUGGUGAUGUUAUUUUAUGGAGAUGUGAUUUCCCAAAAAUUGUAUGUGAUUUUUGUUGUUUAUAUUGUGUUUCUUGCCCCCCAGCCCCCACUGUUCUUAACUUGAAUUACAGACACAUAAAAAACAAAUUUAAAGUUAAUGUGUGUGUGGGGGGGGGGGGGCAUUGCCUUAAGCACAAUGUCAAUAUUUUGUCCUCAUUUAUAACAUUUAUAAUAUUGUAUAGAAAAAUUGUUAUGAGAGAUACUAUUUUAGUUUCCUUCCAUGCUUUCUUUUCUAUUUUUGUUUGCCUUCCUUCCUUUUCUUCCUUCCUUGUUCUUUUUUUGUUAUUUGUGUAACAAAAAGAACAAAAAUAAUGUGAUAUUAAUAAGUAAAGGGCUAUUUAAAAUUUUUUGAUGACUAGGAUAAAUGCAGAGUCCUAUUAAAACUAAUUCUAUGCAGUAGUAGCUUAUACUGUGUAAAUAUGUCGAGUUCUCACCUAAAUUAUGCAAUAUUUUUCUCUCUGAGGAAAUUUUACUGAAUGUAACUCGUUGAAGUUUUAUUGAAUGUAAUAUAAAUUUUUUACACGUUAAAACUCCAAUAGAUUAAUAAGAAACUUUUUGGUCCAAGGUAGGUGCCAGGGAUCGAACCAAGGUCCUCCACAUACAAGGCAAGCAUCUUAUCUGUGGUACUAUCUCUCAAGCACCUCCAAUACAUAUUUUAAAAAGAUUCAUCAUUGACAGUUGACUAAAACCAGGCUAUAGAAGGAAAGCUCACGUGCAGAUUCAUAUUGUGAAAAGGGUUCUUCUUCAGUAGUGGUGUAUUUGGUAUUCAGAAGUACAAUUAAACUUUUCUAAAAUAUGUAUUGUGCAUUUUAAACAUUCGUGUCAUUUUAUUUUUAUUUUACUUAAAAUCUCGUACUCCAAACACACAUAAAGAGCCAAGACAAGAUGCAGAAGUGCUGUUGGUAUCUUAAGUAGUUAAUCUCACAUUUCAUUUCAUUGUGAUUAAAUUUUAGGCAUCUGCAGAAAUAAACUGACACAGUGAAAAGGGCCACAUAUGUUAUAGAUUAUUUUCAGAUUUGUUGUAUAAAAUGUAUCUUUGGGUAGCAGAUCAGAUCUUACAUGAUUCAAAGAUGUUUUCUGAGUCACUUAUAAAUCGUAUAUGUAUAAUACAAACAGACUGAGUUAUUAAGCUGUAGAGAUGGUUAUCCAGAAACUUGCUAAGUUUGCCUGGUUUCCUUUUGUUAAAUAUAUUAUCAUCCUCUUCUGUCAUUAGAGAUUUGCUAUUCAAUUGACAACUAAUAGUUUCUUUUUCAUAUUAACGAAAAAUUAAAUUGCAAAUAUUGAUAGUUUAUUUAAAAUUUUAUCUUAAUUAAGUUUCUCUGUAUGUCUGAAAUGUCAGCAAUGCCAGUGUGAUAAAACAUUCACUAAUAGCAAAAGAAAAAAUUAUAUAUAUUUUAAUAUAUUAGUCAUCAUGCAGUAUACCCCAGCAGAUGAUGGAUAGGGCACAGAAGUAUAGUAACAUUUUUUCAUAGGGAAAACAAUCUGUGUUUAAGAUUUCUUGCAGCAGAAUCUCAGGUACUCACUACAUUUUGUGGUAUUACUGUCCAUUCUGUGGUUUGGUUUCAAUUUUUGGGUAGUUACAAUUUUAGGUAAAUUUUAUCAUGUUUGAAAAUACAGUUGGCUAGUAUUCAAUCAUUUGAGCACAUGAACAUUGCAUUUAAAAGGAAAGGAAAACCAUGCCUAAAAAAUACAUCCUAAAGUGAAAGAAGAAAUAAGGAGAAAUACUGAAUCUGUGUUCUCAGUUUUGCUUUGACCAAAAUUGUGUGAUUGUGUGUGUGUGUGUGUGUGUGUGUGUGUGUGUAGGUGUGGUUUGUUUGGGGGUUUGGAAAAUUCUGGGUCUAUCUUGUCCCUCUAUUCCCCCUCCCGUCUAGCUUGAUUCUAGUGAAUUCUGUAUUGUGAUUAACUUAAAAAAAUGAAACUGUAUUAAAAAGAUAAUUGCAGUGGUGUAAGGAUUCAAUCUCACAAUAUUGCAAUGGUUAAUUGCUAUGAUCUGUUGUAUAUUUGCGAUUUUCUGUGUGUAUUAGUAUACUUAACAGAAUCUGGUUAUUUAUUUUCAUAGGGACUUUAUAGCACACUGGAAGAUAAAUUGAGCUGAUUGCUGUUAGUCAACAAUGAAGGUGCUCUCAUUGCAGAGGUUUAAAGCCUGGACUUGUUAUGCUGUAUUAUGAAACCUUAUGACUGAAACAGAUGUUUACAUGUUAUCUAUUUUUUUAAUAAAUUUUUUUA